AACUGUCUCCUCCGAUUCCUUUCCUCAUCAUCUUCUCCCCAUUUUCUUUACGGUUGUGGCGCUGAGUAUCCACCCUCCGCGAUAAGCCGCCGCGCAACGAUGCCGCUCCGCGAGAUACUUCACAAGAAGGACGCCCUCAACAACACGGCCGACCACUAUGCGUCUGGUGCCGUUCCCACGACCUCCGGGAGGAAUGUGCCUCAGAUUACCUUCAUUCGAACCGACACAACCUCCCAAGAAGUGAUUCGUCCGCCUGUCUUCGACGGAGAUGCCGAUCACCCCGACGAUCGAUAUCUAGAACCCGUUCCUCCUUCUCCUUCGCAUCGCAAAUCGUUGAAUCCGUUCCGUCGCUCGCGUGCUCCCUCAGAGUCUUCGGGUACAAGUUCACCAACGCGCCCGCGCGGAGAAAGACGGCUGACGCACUUGCUGCACUUGGAUCGCUCGGGGUCGCGGAAUUCCAGCUCGUCAUCAGUCAACGUCCCAUCCGACCUUCCGCAGAUAAAUUGUGAUAGAGGCGAUGAGCAAGAAAGGGAGGCACAAUGGGAGAAGAGGGCCACGAUGCUAGCACAGCGCAGCCCGCAAGCCGGAGCUUCGUGUCUGUCGCCUACUUCGCCGACAGGCUUCGGAUUGGAUGGCGCGCCAUCGAGGUCGCGGAGUUCUAGUCGGAGCCGCAUAAACGAUCCAGAAGGGGAUAUCAAUGUACAAGAAGCGAUCCGACUUCAUGAAGCUGGAGAACUCGAACGGUCGACAAAGAUGUUUGAGCACCUGGCGGACCCUAACGGUGCCAACAAUGCACUCAGUCAAGUGCUCUAUGGGCUAGCGCUCCGACAUGGUUGGGGCUGCUCGCCAGAUCCUGAUAGAGCCGUCAUGUAUCUCUCGGCCGCAGCGUCCAACUCGGCAUCAAUAGAGUCUCAGGCGCUCCAGGCCGGCAUCAAGAAGGGCGGAUCUGCCAAGGGAGAGCUAGUGUUGGCUAUUUUCGAGCUGGGAAACUGCUUCCGUAAUGGCUGGGGCGUCAAGAAAGACCCAGUCGCAGCGCGACAAUACUUUGAAACGGCAGCCAACCUGGGUGAUACCGACGCGAUGAACGAGGUUGCUUGGUGCUACCUAGAAGGGUUUGGCGGGAAAAAGGACAAGUUUACGGCCGCCAAAUACUACCGAUUGGCCGAAGAGAAAGGCAACAAAUUAGUGGGAAAUUCCUGAGCGUACUUUUGCUUGCUUCCCUUCCCCCGGAUGUU